CCGCAGGAGGCCGAUGGCACGCUGGACUGCAUCAGCAUGGCCCUGACCUGCACCUUCAAUCGCUGGGGCACGCUGCUCGCCGUGGGCUGCAACGACGGGCGCAUCGUCAUCUGGGACUUCCUCACCAGGGGCAUCGCCAAGAUCAUAAGCGCCCACAUUCACCCCGUCUGCUCCUUAUGCUGGAGUCGAGAUGGGCACAAACUGGUGAGCGCUUCGACCGAUAACAUUGUGUCGCAGUGGGAUGUGCUCUCUGGAGACUGUGACCAGAGGUUUCGAUUUCCUUCGCCUAUCUUGAAAGUUCAGUACCACCCUCGAGACCAAAACAGAGUUUUGGUUUGUCCCAUGAAGUCGGCGCCGGUGAUGCUAACGCUAUCAGACUCCAAACACGUUGUCCUACCUGUGGAUGAUGAUUCUGAUCUCAAUGUCGUGGCCUCCUUUGACAGGCGAGGAGAAUACAUUUAUACGGGCAAUGCCAAGGGGAAGAUCUUGGUCUUAAAAACAGACACUCAGGAUCUUGUUGCUUCCUUCAGAGUGACAACUGGAACCAGCAACACCACAGCUAUUAAAUCGAUUGAAUUUGCUCGGAAAGGAAGCUGCUUUUUAAUAAACACAGCUGACCGGAUAAUCAGGGUGUACGAUGGCCGUGAAAUUCUAACUUGUGGACGAGAUGGGGAGCCUGAACCAAUGCAGAAGCUGCAGGAUUUAGUGAACAGGACACCGUGGAAGAAGUGCUGUUUCUCUGGUGAUGGCGAAUAUAUAGUGGCAGGUUCAGCACGACAGCAUGCCCUGUACAUUUGGGAGAAGAGUAUUGGAAACCUGGUGAAAAUCCUCCACGGGACCAGAGGAGAGCUGCUCUUGGAUGUAGCAUGGCAUCCUGUCCGACCAAUCAUAGCUUCUAUUUCAAGUGGUGUUGUGUCAAUAUGGGCUCAGAAUCAAGUGGAAAACUGGAGUGCCUUUGCGCCUGACUUCAAAGAGCUGGAUGAAAAUGUAGAAUACGAAGAGAGAGAGUCAGAGUUUGAUAUUGAAGAUGAAGAUAAGAGCGAACCAGAACAGACAGGUGCUGAUGCUGCAGAAGAUGAAGAAGUGGAUGUAACUAGUGUGGAUCCUAUUGCUGCCUUCUGUAGCAGCGAUGAAGAGCUGGAAGACUCCAAGGCUCUGCUUUACUUACCCAUUGCUCCUGAAGUUGAAGAUCCAGAAGAAAACCCCUACGGACCUCCUCCAGAUGCGGUUCAGAGUUCUUUAACUGAUGAGGGAAUAGGUUCUGAGAAGAAGAGGCAGUCCUCCUCUGAUGGACCUCAGGCACCAAAGAAGAAGCCCAAAACCACCAACAUUGAACUACAAGGAGUACCUAAUGAUGAAGUCCAUCCGCUGCUGGGUGUGAAGGGAGAUGGUAAAUCCAAGAAGAAGCAAGCAGGCAGGCCUAAAGGAUCAAAAGGUAAAGACAAAGAUUCUCCAUUUAAACCGAAACUCUACAAAGGGGACAGAGGUGCUUUACCUCUGGAAGGAGCAGCGAAGGGUAAAGUGCAGGCGGAGCUGGGACAGCCUUUGACAGCAGGUGGUGCAAUCUCAGAAUUAUGCAUCGACUGA